AUGUCCAAACAUAUCUGUCAUAGGGCUGGACACAUCUGUGCGGUGGUGGUCCUUCAAACACAAAACGUAUCGUCUAAAUGCAACAUUUCUACCGUGACAAUGCCUGUACAAAGUUUACCGAUUCGAGACUCUGCCUUCCAUGUGCGACUGCUGCAUCAAUACUUGAUUCUGCUGAAGAAAUACCCAAUUCUUACCAAAUCCGUGACGAGCCAAUCAGCCUCUGCUCUAAGAACCUCCCUCAUCUUUCCUGGCAACAGUUGCUGUCAUAGUUGCAUUGUUUCAAUGCACUUAAAGAAAAACACUUUCUUCAAACUUUGACCACUACCAUGGCAUGACUACAAAUAAACGGUCUACAUCUUUUUCAGUGGCAUUCUCUCAGCAAUGGGAAAUCUUCUAUCUCAAGCAUUGGAAGCAAAACGAAAGGCCAAAGAAGGGAUCCCAGUGAAGGAGAUUGACAUUUCAGGACCUGCCCGCUUUGCCAUUUAUGGGUUGCUCAUUACUGGGCCUGUAAGCCAUUACUUUUACCAACUUAUGGAGGUGUUGAUGCCUACCACUGUUCCAUACUGCAUGGUGAAACGCUUGCUCUUGGAUCGCCUUAUCUUCGCCCCUGCAUUCCUGCUACUUUUCUUCUUUGUUAUGAACAUCCUGGAGGGUAAGAGGUGGGCAGACUUCCAGAGCAAAGUGAAUAGUAGUUAUUGGCCUGCCUUGAAGAUGAACUGGAAAGUGUGGACCCCCUUCCAGUUCAUCAACAUCAACUAUGUGGCUGUAGAGUUUCGAGUGCUGUUCGCCAACAUGGUGGCCUUAUUUUGGUAUGCUUACCUUGCGUCUGUGAGGAAGUGAAGACUCCCAAGAUCUUUUCCUUGAUUGCUGAAGUAAGAAGGCACCGGGUGUGCCUCUGGAGCUACAGAACGUUACAAGGACAGGCCUGUGAAUGCCAGUGCAGCAAGCUGGUACAACCAGGCAAAUUGACUGGGGUGAUGUGUAGGACUUCACUCGCAUACUACAAAAGUACUACACUAAGGAAAUUGUAACACAUCUAAUGUGUUGCUCACAUGCAGAAUAACCGAUAACUAAAAUGUUCAAUGUUAAUUCUUACUACUGAUAUUUCCAAUCUUAAAUUAAUUGAAAUACUUGA